AUGGAGUUCCAGACAAAGAAGCAGAAGAAGGAUCACCUCCGGCUCAUCAACAACGUUGCAGUUCAAGGGCCGGUAAGAUGCACUGAUUGGUCCAGAACCCCAAUAACCUUCACCGAGGAAGAUCUAAGGUUGGAAAGCUACCCACAUACGGAUGCCUUGGUCAUAACAACAAAUGUUGCGGGUUGGGGAGUGAGCAGGAUCUUAGUGGAUUCAGGGAGUUCCGCAGACAUAAUAUUUGCUGGAACCUUCAACCAAAUGAAGCUCAGCAGAAGCCAGCUCCAACCUUCGGAGUCACCUUUGAUCGGGUUCGGAGGAAAGCACAUACAUGCUCUGGGGAAGGUCGCCUUGCCCGUAUCCUUCGGCACAUCGGAGAACGCAAGAACAGAGUAUGUCACCUUCGAUGUGGUAGACCUGCACUACCCAUACAAUGCCAUAUUCAGGCGAGGGUUCUUGAACAAGUUCAAUGCGGCCGCCCAUAUAGGAUACCUGUGCAUGAAAAUCCCGGCUCUGCACGGAGUGAUCACGGUUCACGGAAGUCAAAAGGAGGCAAGGAACAUAGAGAAAGCGAUCUACAAGUCCUUCCGUAACAUAAACUCCGUAGACUCCACGCAAGAAGAAGCUUCCCAGCCACCAGACAUGCCAAGGGGGAAAACAAACCUGGCCGAUCAAGAGGAAACAAAAUGUGUCCCUCUACAGGAGGCAGUACCAGAUAGGAAAGUCACCAUAUCCGCUACCCUCAACAUAGAGGAGGAGCUUGAGUUGCUGGACGUGCUACAGAAGAAUCAGGAUAUCUUUGCCGGGAGUGCCAAUGACCUACAAGGAGUUAGCAGAGACAUCAUAGAGCAUUCACUGGACAUCGACCCAAGAAUGAGGCCGAAGAAACAAAGGCAGAGGAAGAUGUCUGAAGAAAGAACCUUAGCGGCGAAGGCAGAAGUACAGAGACUUCUGGACGCGAAUGUCAUCAGAGAGAUCAUAUACCCAGAAUGGUUGGCAAAUGUGGUCCUGGUCCCCAAGAAAAAUGGCAAAAUGAGAAUGUGCAUAGAUUUCACAGACCUCAACAAGGCUUGUGUCAAAGACUCCUUCCCCUUGCCAAGGAUAGACACCUCUGUUGACAAAGCUGCCGUGUCACAGAACCGACCAAAUUAUAAAAGUUCAAGUGCAUAA